AUAGACUCUCCCUGUAGAAGAAAUAAUUUAACUAAUACUAAAAUUUUCUACUAUUUAUAGUACAUUUCAUGUAGAUUUAGAAUACAACAACCUAUAAAAGCUUUAGGAUACCAUAAGUAAUGUUUAUAUUGAUUUUGUGAUAUCUCCCUAAAAAAUCAACGGAUUUGUGGCUAUAUUUAUAAUAGUUCUGUUUUUCGUAGGCGGUCUUUUUAAGCCCUGAAGAGAAUAAUUUUCAGCCCUGAAAAUACGUUAAGCAACCCUUCAGGUUUCCUGUUAUUACAAUCAGCUCCAUAAUAUAGAGUUCUAAAGGAAAUUAUAGCGUCCUUGUGAAAUGAACUGACGCAAUGCGCACGUAUUUUUAUUUUUUCUAAAUGAAAACAAACUCCCACUUUCCAUAGCGUGUUCUUUUAAAUGAAACUAUCGAAUAAAUAUAGGCAUGCGCCACUAACUCCAAAGAAAGUUCCCCGUCCGUGUAAGCCCGUUUCCCUUAAGGGUAGUUUAAAUAAAUUUCCCUGCGAACAAGAAUCAUACACGGUCCUCCAAAUGUAUACUACGUAUACGUAAUCCAAGACAUGAACGUGAAUGAUUUGAAAAGCAACAGCAAUGUGGAAACGGUACAGGCCAACUAUAACAAGCUCUCGGAUCAUAUCAGGAGGCUUACGCCCCACGGGAUACAGUGCAGUAUUUUUUGCGGGGGGGUCAAUUGUAAAUACGAAACCCCCGAGAAUUGGAAGCCAGACAGUUUAGCUAUCCAGGGAAUAUAUUCUCAUUGGGUAACUGAUGAUAUUUUAGCAAUGGCACGUCCUAGUACCAUGGUAAUAAUUCAAAAAAAUGUCAUACAACAAUUUGAAAGUUUGGGUAUUAAAUCGAUAAUUAAUUUACAAUGCCCGAGAGAACACUCCAGUUGUGGACAGCCUUUGGAAAGUUCUGGCUAUUCAUACGACCCUAAUAUAUUUAUGGAACAAAAUAUAUAUUAUUACAAUUUUGCCUGGAAAGAUUAUGGAGAUGCAACACUGGAAGGUCUCUUAAAUAUGGUUAAAGUGGUAGCUUUUGCUUUAACUGAAGGCAGAGUAGCAAUCCACUGUCAUGCAGGAUUGGGUAGAACAGGUGUUCUUAUAUCGUGUUACUUGGUUUUCUCUCUAAGAGUUACUGCUAACGAAGCUAUUCGCUUUGUAAGGUUUAAAAGACCAGGGUCAGUCCAGACCAGAGGACAAAUCCUUUGUGUUCGCCACUUUGCACAAUUUAUAUUGCCCCAAACCAUUAGCUAUUAUAUCAAAGAAAACGCUUCGAAGGAUAAAUAUAUGAACGAAUUUACGUUGCACAGAUUUUUAAAAAGGCAAAGAGUGGUGCUGCAUGGUUACGAAGAAAGAAAUUUUAAGUAUCUUCCAAAGAUUGUGUAUGUUACUUGCGAGAGACUUUUAAAAUUAUGCGCUUGUUCAGAUGCCGCUGAUUAUCAACACAAAAAUAUGCCUUUUACUACAGAUUUUUAUACCGAAAGAGUUUACAAUGGCAUGAAAAGGCAUGAAAGUAGUUAUAGUAUAGCAAGUAUUCCUAGUCCGAAUACUGAAACAAUUUUUCUGAACGUACAAAGUGAAUCACCGUCUCCAUCAAGCCCAAAUAAAUCAGAGAAUGGUGAUUUAACAGAUUCCUUUUCUGAUAUCAGUACAUUAGAUGGAGAUGAGAUCAGCGAAGAACUUUUACUGGAGAAUCGCUGUUUUCAAGAACUGGAAACGCAAAAAAGUUUUGCACAAGAUCAUAACAAUGAAGAUAUGAUUAUACACGAUGUUCAAGAAGUUGUUAACGUACUUAUGACUGAUUAUAGCAAGUCAGACAACGACUAUAAAAAGAAAGUGCGAUCCUAUGAAAAUGAAAUAAAUUGCUCUCAAGUUGGUUGGUUAAAAUUAGCUCUUGAGACAGACUUAAGCAUCCUAGCUGCUUUACUUUUUGAGUGGUUUGAAGGAUUAAAGUUUCCUGUGCUUAAAUUAGAGCAUUAUGAACAAAUUGUUGUUUUAUAUAAACAAACAGAGACAUGCUUUCAAAAGUUUGGACUUGAAGAAUCUUAUUUGAUUGAAUACUUGCUUAGUUUUCUAUCAAGGUUACAACCUAUAGGCAAAACAGUUCUUGAAAAUAUGUUAAAGAGAUUUAUAGCAGCAUUAUCUAAACAAAGUGUUGUAAUUAAUGAUAAUAUUGUUCCCUCAGAAAAAGGAUUUAAAAGAAUGGGAGAUGGUACUCUGACAUGCGCUUUAAAGCUAUUUGAGGAUCUUUAUGAAUUGAUUGAAAAUCAUCAUAAGCAAAGAACAUCUUUAUUAACUGUUGAGGAAAAAGGUUCAGAUAACGAACACGAUGAGUUGGACAUUGGCUUCCAAUAAAAUUAUUUUUAUAUAUUUAAUUCCAUAUAUUUAUACUUAUUUUGCAUCUUGGCGAUUGAAACAAGUUUUC